AUAUGAAGAACUUGAAAACGAACCCUAGCUAAAAACUCCACAAAGCAAAUAUGGAAAAGUCGAAAAAUGGCAAAUUGUACUGUCCGGAUGUCUCCCAGGACAAAAAGGUCCCCAAAUCACGCCUAGGCACCAGGGUGUGUGAGGAAAGUAAUGGUGCAACUUCUCUUAGUGCUGCAGGGAAUGACCUCCCCUGCGAGAGCACUCAACUGGAUAACCCAUCAGAUCAGCAUAGCUCUGAUCCUGGACUCCAGCAGCAACAGCCUCAAAGGCCAAAAAGAAAGCUACGAAAAUAUGCCACUGUUACUUGGACCAUUGAAGAGAAGAAAACAAUCUUCUACUGCUUCGCUUACUCAAGACAUGAGAAGUGGGGCAGGAGAAAAAAGGCAGUAUUUGAGGAGAAGAUAAAAGAAGCGGAUUUACCAGUGGAAAAGAAAGAAGCCACCACAACUGCAAAAUUACAAUCGAUUGCCUCUCAAGUUACAAAAUAUUUGACAGCAGAGGACAUAGAAAAAAUAAAGGAAGAAGCCCACAAUGAAGUAAUAAAGGAUCAUCAGUCGAUGGAGGAGGGGAAACGGCUUGAGUUUGAGGGGAGUCAGUGGAAGAGGGAGGAAGAGUGGGUAUUGUUGUGGGCAAUCGAAUAUGCGAAAAUAAAAUACACCAACCAGAGAGAACGAAGUAAAGAGUGGCAAAGAAUAUUUUACCAUCAUUGCCCAAGUAAAAAAGAUAUACCAAGGGGCCGACUUACCACCCAGAAACACAACUUUAUUGUACAAAAACAUGAGGCUGAGCAAAUGGUCAAGGAAGGCAUCUGCCCCCUUACACAACCCAUUGAACAUCAGAUCAAGCCAGCCUCACACACCAAAGGAGAAGUCGGAAUCAGGCAUCAACACAACAAGAUGGAAAUCAAACACCACCUCCACAAAAAAGACACCAAGCAUUGUCUCACCAAAAAACAAGCCAUACACCAAUUUGUCCAGAAAACAAUGUACAGAUUCAUUUGGACCUAGAGCAACUAGAGUUGGAAGAAGAAUUGGCAAAUAAAAUUGAGGAAGCGAGGAGAAUUGAAGUGGAUGAGCGCCCUAAAUUGAUAAAAUUAAAGGAGAAUAAAAAGUUCAAAAGUAUGCUGCAGAAAGUCAACCUGGGAUUGACUAAACUGGUCCCACAAGGAACCACAUUAUCAGAAAUAAAUUGUGUAAAUUAUGGAGCGGCAUGGCACAUACAAAGUAAAUU